GUCAUCAUCCGUGGUCCAAUUCCUCUGCUGCUGAAACAGGAACAAGAAAGAGAAUGACCGUUGUGAACACACCGGAGCGAGUGGGACACCGCCAGCUGUCAUUCUAGGCCACGCCGGAGACUGUCACACUUUCUACUACGGCCUUUCAGAGAGGGCUUGCGGCUUGAAGCCUGGGAUGGCAAUGCGGGUCGAAGCGAUGCCGAAGCCAACACCAAUUCAUUGAUCUACAAGGAUACGGCUACACCCCAAGACACACCUGUCUUGCACAUCCAAAGUCUGUUUGUUGUUCUGGCGAGGCCAGCUCUGUCUUCUUUCUCUUCAAAGCCGCCGCUUCGGCCCUCAAUUUACCACCUGCAACUCUGCAAUUCUGCGACUUUUGCUCCUCUUGUUUCGCCCCAUUGUCCGUCUCGAGUCUGCCUUACCUUCGGUUUCCGUGCGCCGCGUCUGUCUUCGAACUUCCUGGUCGCUCCUUCAUAAGGUCAUCAUUGGCCCUGCAUUCUUCAGGCCCACUGUUCCUUCUCACCACCUCCCUCUGACUGGUGUCGCCGCCUUAUCUAGAUAUACUUUUGGCUCUAAUCUUAAUCUUCCAGAAAAACCUAUGAUGCUAUUGUGCCACUCUUGCGACCGCCAGGGAUAGCACUUAUCGAGGCGAGCUUCCCCAUGUCUGUUGACACCCUGUGAAGCCGGCAAAUUUCAAGCCAGGAAUCAUCAGCAUGAUGCCAUACCCUCAGCUGUCAUUCGCCCAGUGCUGACGCUGUGUGGUCGGUAUCUCUGGGAGGUAGUAUUCGCCCGGCCUCGCAAUUUCGCGAUAUGCCUUCUCCCAACCACAAAGCAAAGGGAUCUGGAUCUUUGUCCCUGGCCAGCACGGGUGCCGCUCUGCGCCGUGGCGACCUGAAGAUCUCUGAUCCAAUUCCCUUCAAUGAAUCCGGAGUCUUCAGCAGUAGCACUAGCACCGUGCCACCCGCCAGACAUCCUUCGGGACAACGACAUAACGACACCACAUGGCCGCGGGCAAGUACGGCGACUCAGGAUGCCCAUGUGCGACAUGUCAGUGACGUUCCGCCUUACGCCCGUGCUCGAACCUCUGCCGGACCAUCAUUGAUUCCCAGCUCCAUGUCUUCCAUUCCCUCGAAGGCAUCUUUGAACCAGAAGAAGCCCAGUGGAUUGCGCGCAACUCUCAAGCGCAUGUUCUCGAGCAAGAAACACAGAUCCGUACCUACCGAUACAACUGGGUUUCAUUAUGGCGAUUCUGGACAUCUCAAGCCCGUCACAGAGCAACCAGUUCGAACACGACUGGACUCGGCUCCUCCACUGGGAGCAGAGAUAACCUUGCGCGGUGCCGCUCUCACCUCACAUUCCACCGCAUACCCGCAAUUUGAAGCUGUCCACCAGAGCUUACCGCCUCCUCCACGGCGCGGGCGCCGCAACACGUUACCUAGUCUAGUCUUCAGUGACAUACAGUCGAGUCUCGUGCCGGCAAUUGUUGAUUGGCCUGCACCGCAACCGUCUUCAGUGGAACAGAGGGCAAAAGAAGACUGUGUCUCGGACGGUCAGUUUAAGCGGCGAUCUAGGAGCGCUGAUGCACUCAACGAACUUCUUCAUCAAGGCAACAUCCAGCGCCCAUCGAACCGUGAUCGAGCAGGCGAAAUCGCUUACUGGCGCAAUAGUGCCAUCCAAAAUCCUGUGCCCGUGUACAGUGGCCAAUCGAUCUCAGUAGAUCCCACACAUGUCUUGGGGCCAGACAAUACCAUGGCGGCAUCAGAGCACGAUCGUUCCACCGUAGACCCCAUGCAGACUUUUGAUUUCGGUCUCGGAAGUCCUGAACGAGACGAGAUCGGGCUGGAGCAGAGGGUCAAUACGCUGGAGAUCAAGCUCUUCGAUUUUGAAUUUGCGUUGGCUAAGCUCCAAGGCAACGACCUGCCGAAUCCAAGAUUAAAUCCAAGGCCUUUCAGUCGAGGCUCCAUACGCGACCUGUUCCAGCCGAACAGGACGAACUUGACGUUGACAAGCGGAUCAUCGAAUGAUCUGAGCUACAUUUCUUCCGGUGGAGUCCAGGAUUUUACUUUCUUGUCUUCUCCUGGCGAGUCCCCCGUGCCUUCUCCGGAGGUGGACGUCGUGUUCAACCCUCAAAGAGCGAGCAAGGCCACAACUGCCACAAUUAGGCCCGUGACUGCAAGACGAAGGUCGCCGAGACGUUCGAGGGGAACUUCGCCGUCCUCGAUUCACAUUCCUCCUGAUAAGUUCGAGGCUUUGUUGGAAAUGAUGAGAGAAGAGAAAGCGGCUCGACAGAAACUGGAAGAGCAGGUAUACGAACUCCAGAAGGAAAUGAGCAGCUUGAGGACACCGGUCUACGCGGCCAUCAGGGAGCCAUAUCCGACGCCUAGUCCUGAGUCGAAGCAGAACUUAUCUGGCACCCCACCUCGAAUGAAAACAUUGCAUCGAACCCAUCCAUUUCAGUUAGACCACCCUUUACCACAAGAAAUAUCUCGCUUUAGCGGGACAGAAGAUUCGGAUGCGGAGGACGGGUUUGAGGAUGUUUACGAAACGCCGCGGGAGGAGCAACGUGAUACAUUUGAAACGGCGAGAGAUUCGCAGCAGGUGGCUGUUAUAUGAGCGGCAACUGAUGUUUGUGUUGCAUUCAUUGAACUUCACACACCAACGUGCUUCCUUUUCGACUUUUUCGGCACAAGUUUUGUCUGAACUUUGGCAUUGGAAGGCGAAACAUGGCUCUUCCGGCCUCGGUUUGACAGGCAUUCAGUUAUGAUGGCUUUACGUGGGGGAAGCUGUUUGCAUGAGAUACCCAUACAGGUGUGAUGAAGCUCACAAGAGAAGAGCGAGGCAACAGUGUUUAUGUAUGAAUACAUACGGCCUGAAGAGCGGCGAUUUGUUUGAGUAUAAGACACGCAGUUUGAAAUAAAUACGGAGUACUUCCUAGGGUUCAAUGUGACAAGUUAGCAG